AUGGCGCGCACUCCGUGUCCGCAGGCGCGUCCGGUACGACAGACGCGUCCGCUGCGUCGGGCGGCUCUGUGUCGACGCUGGGGCCUCCACGAUCCACGGGAACGUCAACGUGCACCUGGACCUGAACACGAACGCGCUGAGCGUGGACAGCUGCACCACCAGACGGAGAUCGAGGUGACAGUGGCCAAGUGCGACCCGCACGCGCUGUUCAAGAGCCACGCGGCGCCGUCCAGCAACCGGAACACGCUCCUCUGGGACAUUGGCGACGUGGGGGCGGGCUGGAAGCCUCGAGUUGCCCCAGCGCUGUUGGUGCUGCUGCUGCCCGCGUGGGAGAAGGUGUUCGUGUCGGGUGGCGCUGAGUUGUUCCACCGCCUGGCUGGCGGCCAGCACCGCGGUUGCAUUGAUGCUGCGUCGCUCGGGGAGUGCGGUCAAUCUGCAGACACGAACUCGUCGCCGUUGUGGUGGCCUCCGCUCCGUGGGGUGGUGCCGAAGCUGCUGAAGAGUCUCACAGUAGCGGCGACGGCGGCGAGGAUACCGCGACAGCGCCACCUUGUCCUCAGAAGACUUGGCGGAGGAGCACGAAGCUGCUCCACCAGCGCUGCGAAGUCGUCCUGGAGCUGUGUGUUCACUCCAGCAAGGUCUGUGUGCUCUUCGGUCUGGCCGCCGACAGCGUCCAUCACGUCCGCUGAGAGAUCAGCAACCUCCGUGUUCCACGACCAGAGUUUCUCGGGAAGGAAGCUGAAGUUCACCAGAGACUGUGAAAGGCAGCUUGAUCACGGCCGUACGCUGGCCAAAGAGAAGAAGAACAAGAACUUCGAGCGGCUAUCGGCGGCGCCACCCGCCCUACACAACCUUCUCAAUCAGAUGCAGGAGUCGCUGGCAACUCUGGAUACCCGCGAUACCGGGCUGCAGUUCCCAUCGGACAAGGUGCUACCGAAGGCACAAGUGGACGUGGCCAAGGCGUACGAGUCACUUCAAAAGAGACUGGUAGAGCUGCUCGGCAAGCGCUGCAAGCGUCUGCUGCUGCAGCUGUACAAGCUGUCGUACACAGUCAAGCUGUUGGGCUCGGUCGCACUGCUCAACCCGCUGCAUUCGUACCUGGCGUUCGAAGGCCUGGGGGAGAGGCCCACGCAGGAUUCCCGCGCUCAAGGAUUCCGACAUCUUUCCGCGUUGAUGUAA